AUGUCAAGUUAAUGUUCUUUUGAAGAACUAAACUCAUCUGUAAAUUUGAGUUUGGACAGUGGGUUAAUAAAUGUUGUUUAGAAUCCAAAUGAUUCAGAGUUGGAUUUCAAUUAGUUAGAGUCAGCAAUAUUGAGUUCGAAACAGGAAGGUCUAACAAAACUGAUAAAGGGAUCUGAUUAAUAUUAUUAUUAAUAUUUCCUCAACAUCCUAAAUACAAGUGGAUAUAGAUUGGAUUCUAAAUAAUUAGAAAACUUUGAAUAGUAUAAGAAGAUGAAUACAGAAAACUUUUAAAAAAUAAGACUUAGAUCUUUAUUUAUAGAAUAUGAUGAACUAAUGAAUAUGUAAUAGAGUGAAAAAGUGAAACUGAAAGAACAAGAGAUAUUGAGAAAGAUUAACAAAAGAUUAUUUGGAUUUAGUUUCGAAGAAUUAUCGUAAAAUAACUUAGAUAGUGAUUAAUAAAAAUUAUUAAUAUAGAAAUAGUAAGUAAUUAGUGGGAAUACAUAAGCAAAAGUAGGACUUUCAGAAUUGGAUAAUAGUAAAUUAUAAGUAGAAGAAUACAUAAAAAAUGCAUACUCUGAGAAAGGAAUCUUGAAAUUAAAGACUAAUCUUCUUAGUAAAUUAGAUUUGAUAUAAUUAUCAAAAUCCACUGUUAAAGUGAUCGAUAUUUUCUUUACCAAAAUUGAUACAUUAAUAAUUGAAUUAAAUAAUAUACCAGAGUUUUACAAUGAAUUGAUGAAGAGAGAGGAUUAUAAAAAUAAAUUUGACGCAGUUCAUUUUAAAAAGCUUACUUUAAGUUAAAUGAAAUAGAUAAUGACAUUAAAUAAUAGAUUUUUGGAGAAUCUACACUUUGUUGGAUAUCUAUAUUUUAAAAAGUAUAAUUUAGGUAAAUAUGAUAAAAAUGAUGAAAAAUUCUAAGAUAAUAAAGAAUACUUUUUAUCUACUUUAAAAAAGGCUUAUUUAUGGAGUAAAACUUUACCUGAUAAAUUCAAAUCAUUAAGUGAUCAAAUAUUACUUGAGUUGCUAUAAUUAGGCAUUGAAUUUAAGCAUUUUGAUUUUGAUCUACUUUCAGAAUACUUAAGAAACCCAAAAGAUUAUUAUUCUAAUUGUACUUAAUAACAAAAAGAUCAUUAAAGCAAAAUCAGAAGAGAAUAUCAAUCGUUUUGGCAUGAUUUCCAUGAUUUUAACUUUUAGAGAUGGAUGUAUCCAGAUAAAAUGAUUGAGAAAUAUUUGGAGAAAUAUUUCUAAUUGCAUGACAAUUACAGCAUAUUUGAGUUGUAUUUAGAAGCCAAUUAUUUAAAGAUGUUAAAAGCUGAAUGCAAACUCUACAAAGGAGAUGAAGUCACUAAUUUAACUGAAUUCUUUACAAAUUCACAAAUUAAAUAGAUGAAUAAUAAUAAGAUUCUCAAUUUGUGUGAUUAUAAUAAAUAAUACUUUUUUAAAGGAGAUCCAGUCACACUUUAUAUCGAAUUGAAAAAUAUAUCCAAUCUAACAAUUAAGAUAUUUUAAAUCAACAUGAAAAACUUUUAUAUGGCCAAAAGUGAAUAACUAACUUCAAAUAUAUGUUUAGAUGGGUUUAUUCCAACCGAAGAGAUAAGCUUUACAUAUGAUUAUCCACCAAUUAAGAAAGUAAUCAAAGAAUUCUCAUUUGAAUCAAUAUAGAAAAGUGAAAGAGGAAGCUUUAUUAUUGAAUUUAUUGGUAAUGGAUUAUCAUCAAAAGCCAUAAUUGAAAAAGGACGGCUAUGUUUACAUGAAACCGUUGUGUCUGCUGGAUAUAAAUAUGAAAUAUUUGACGAAAACUUUGAGAAAUUGGUUGAUGAACAAAUUGGAUUAUGGAUUAAUGAAACUUAUUACAAAUAAUCUAAUGGUGAAAUAAUAUUACCAUUUCCAGAAUCUGAGACUAAAUAUAAUGCAAUUAUUCAACAUGGUGAUUUUUACUAGAAAACCUAGCUUAAUUUAUAACCUGAGUAAUUCUAAUUGCAUUGUGCUUUUAUAUUAACUGAAGAAUAAAUUUAAUUAGGAUAAGAACUUACAACAAUAAUUAUACCAAAAUUACUACUCAACAAUUAAGAUGUUGGAUUUGGAUUUUUUAAGGAAUAAUAAAUUUUAGUAACAUGUGUCAAUGAUAAAGGAGUUCCAUAGACAAUUACCUUUAAAGAUCUCAUUUUUGAAAGCAAUGUCCCUCUAGAAGUUAAAUUUCCAAUUACCUAAUAAUUAAGGAAUAUUGAUAUUGAAGUCUCAGGAAGAAUCAAGAGAUUGCGUUUUGAUUAAGAUUUGAUCCUAAAGAAGUUUCAUCAAGUUAAAUUCAAUCAUGGCUAAUCAUAACAUAUAUUUUAGAAACAAUUGCUGAAAUUUGAUUAAAAUGAUGGAUACUCAAUCUAUUUGUUAGGAAAAAAUGGAGAACCUACCAGCAACGCAUAAGUUUAAAUCUAAUUUGAACAUUCAGAAAUAGAUGAUCUAAUCUAAGAAAAGCUUAUAACAAAUUAAUAAGGAUAAAUAAAAUUAGGAUUCUUGAAAAACAUCUCUAAAAUAUCCUCAUCUGUUCUUAUUACAAACACAUAAGUUGAAAAAAAGGAAUGGGAUCUAUUCAAUCCAAAUAAAUUUUGUUUAGAAAACUACUAAGAGACUUUUGUCGUUGGACAGAAAUUGACUCUUAAGUAUCCCUCAGAAUAUACUGAAUAGGAUAUUUUAUUUUAUAAAACCAAAAGUCUAAAAUCAGUAUUUUUACCUGUGAAAAAUUUAAUUUAAAAAGUAUAAAGGGAUAAUAAUUCGGUAAUUUUUGAAUUUGAGAAGAAAGGAAAAUAUAUACUUGAAUUUGUAAGAGAAAAAGUAAUUUAUUAAUUUAAUGUUCUUGAAAGCAAUGUCAAGCACAAAGAUAAUCUAAUUUAUACAUCAACAAGAAGAAUUUCUCAAAACUUAGCUGAAAAAAAUUUCUCCUUGGAAAAUACUAAAAUCAGUUAGUAAGAGUAACACUUCGUUGUAGAAGGAGAUUUUGUAUCUUCAACUGAAGUUCGGUUUUUAGCCUUGGCAACAACUUUUUUCCCAAAAGAAUUAUCAAUAAUAAAUAAACAAAUGGGAUCAAUAUUUUAUUAAAAUGUGUCUGACAAUGAUCUUAGAAUAGAGUUGAGAGAUAAUAUUUAUCUAUCUAAUUUAUAAUAAUCAGAAGAAUUAAGAUAUAUCAUUGAAAGAAAAAAUUAAACUAAAUAUGUGGGAAAUACUCUUGAAAAACCAUAGAUCCUGUUAAAUAGACUACUUGCUGAUUAAACAGUAACAUAGGAUGAAUAAAUAUUGAAAUAGGACCAUAAUUUAACAGGAAAUGAAAGGAAAAGAUGUGCAUCAUCUAGAUUUUUGAAAAAAGCAGCUAAUUAGUUUACAGGAAAUUAAUUAUGUGAUAGUUUUACAGAAUUCUUAUUGUUUCCUGGUAAAGUAAUAACUCAGAUCAAUUAAGAUAAGAAUCACUUUUCAUUUGAAGUUCCAAAUUAAUAUUCUACUAUUUUGAUCUUAGCUUACGCUAACGAAUCAUACAUCUCUAGGGUAUUGCCAUUAUCCAAUAGUGUUAUAUAAGCAAAGAACCUAUGUCAUCAGUCAUCUUUAUCAAAAGAUAAAUUUUACUCUACUUUUCGAAGCACAAAACAAAUAGCACCCAAAAUUCCAUAUUAAAUUUAAGAUAUAUCUUCUACUGAAAUUUUUAUUUUGGAUAACCUAAAUGUAUUGUUUAGAAUUCAAAAGGAAUUAAUGAAAAUUGGAAAUAAGAAAUUAGUAGCUGAGGAUGAAAAGUUCAUCAAUCAACUUUUGAAAUGGAAUCAAGAGUCUAUUCAAUCUCAACAUAAAUUUUAUAAUUAACAUUAAUGUGAUGAACUUAAUUUAUUCUUGUAUUUUAAAGAUCCGGCAUAUUUUGAAACCUACAUCUCAAAAUAUAUUUCAAACAAAAUUGAAAAAUCAUUCAUUGAUUUCUUUUUACUAAAAGAUAAGAAUGCUCUUAGCAAAUAUGUAUAGGUAACUUCAUUUAAAUAGUUAAACGCCUUAGAAUAAGCCUUAUUAGUCAUUUAUUUUUAAGAAAUUAUAGGCAAUAAAGAAUAAGCAUAAGCUAUUGCACUUUAUAUGAGCAAUAAUAAUAAUAACAAUAAGCUGAUUAAAUAAGAUGACGAUAGAUUUAAAACACUAUUUGAUACAAUUUUAGGAAUUGAGAAGGAUAGUUAAGGUGAGCAGGAAGAAAUUCCUGAGAAAAAAUAAAAUGAAAUUGCUCCUCCUUACAGUCCUCCAAAAGAGCAAAUGGUUUAAAAUAUGCAGCGUUAAUUGAAAAAAAGAUCAUCUCUAAUGAGGUUUGAUAGUAUUGAUUAUAAACAGAAAGAAGAUGAUGAUUCUUCUAUGAGCAUUUAAUCAAUUGUCCAAUCUAUUAAAAGUCGAUCAUCAGUUAAAAAAAAUGUAAAUAAAAUUCCCGAAAUGAAAUUUCAUAGCAAAGACUAUAAGCCUUAGGAGCAAGCUUUAAAAUAUGAUAAAAUGAGAAAUCAAUUGAUGAAGACUUUUUCAAAUGUUGAAACUACCAAUGAGUAUUGUGAGAAACAUUAUAGAUAUGGAGUGAAUUAAUAAGAUUUUCAUAAUUUAGUUAAGCCUUAAGAGUUCUUUGUAGAUCUUGUGAAUCAUUCUAUAUAGAAAGGGUUUUUAAAAUAAGAUUUCUGUCCUUCAUCUUUCAUGCUUUGUAAUAAUAAUUUUACAGAAAUUCUUAGUGUAUUAGCAUUGAUGAGUUUACCAUUUUAAACUCCUUAAUUUAGCCAGACUUAAUUUGGAAAUAAAGGAUUGGAGAUCAAUUAUGAAAGUUCUGCGCUGAUUUUUACUAGAGAAAUCAAAGAGGCAGAAGUCUAACUUAAUUCAAAUAUUAUAAUCAAUUAAACAUUUUUUGAUAUUACUGAAGAAAAUUAAGUGGAUUAGGAUGGUAAUGAAUAUGAAUAAGAUUUGAGUGAGUUCUUUAUUAAGAAGGUAUAUUGUUGUAAAAUAGUUGUUUCGAAUUGUUCAGCAAUAUCAUAAACCUUUUAGUUAUUAGUAGAAAUUCCAAAUGGUUCAAUCCCAGUUUUUACAACAUUUUCAACUAAAACAUUUACUUUGACUUGUGCUCCUUAUUAGACACAAAUACAAAAGUACUUUUUCUAUUUCCCAAAAUCAGGAAUAUUCACAAUAUAUCCAGCUAAUAUAUCAAAGCUUGGUAAGGUCAUUUAGAUUGCAAAGGAGAAAACACUUUAAGUUUAUGAUUAAAAACCAAAAGUAAAUCUAGAAAAUAUCAAUGAAGUAUUAUCAACGGAUAAUAAUAAAGAUAUUUUAAAUUACAUUGAGAAUAAGAACAUUUUCAAUACUAAACUAUUUAAUCCAAAAUUAUUGUAUCAUAAAUUUAGUGAUUAAGUGUUUUAUAAUUAAGUGAUGGAAAUAUAUAGAAGGAGAAAGUUUUAUGAUUUCCACAGUUUUGCUUAUUCACUAUUACACAAUAACAUUGAAUGUUUGAAAGAGCUGUUUUUGACAGAAUAAGGUCAAAAUGCAUUGAAAUAGAAGUUUAAGCAUUUUAAGUGUUCUUUGUUUGAAAUCAAUUCUAUCAGAGUUCUUGAAUAUUAUCCACUCAUUAUCAAGCGAGUUCAUAAACUCAAAUAAGGGGAGAAUAAUAUACUAAAUGUGUAAUUUAGAAAGCAAUAUACAAAUUAUUUAUCAUAUCUCCUGGAAAAACCAUAAUUUUCAACAGUUGAUAAAAUAGUCCUCAUUUACUACUUGUUAUUAUAGGAGAGAGUAAACGAAGCUGUGUAAGUUUAUGAAUAAAUAAGUGAGGAAGAGUAAAAAGAAUAGCAAUUAUAAUUUGAUUAUUUGUCAGCAUAUUUAGACUUUUAUACUGGAUACCCAAAUUUUCAGAAGGCUAGAGAAAUAUGUUAGAAAUACUUGAGUUAUCCAGUUAUACAUUGGAGGAAUAUGUUUUAUGAAAUAAUCAAUUUAUUUAUUGAAUAUGAUGGAGAGGAAGAUAAUCAAUUUACAAAAUUAGAAACCACAUAAUAAUAGAAAUAAAAUGAUAUAAUGAAGAAUGAAGAAACAUUAACAUGUGCAAUUGAAGCAGACUCAAUCAAUAUUACAUUCUCUAAUUUAUCUGAAGUGAAGAUAGAAUACUAUAAAUUGGAUAUUGAAAUUCUAUUUUCUAAUAAUCCAUUUUUGAAGAAUGUGAUUCAAGAUUUUUCAAUUGUGUUACCAAAUGUAUGCGUUACUCAAAAACUUGUUGGUCAAGAAAUCCAAAAGAAUUUGUUUUAAGAGAAAAUAAAGAUUCCGAGUGAAAUAUCAAAGGAGAAUUUGUUUGUGACAAUAAAAGGUAAGUAGAAAUCAGUCACUUGUAAGUAUUAACCAACAUCGUUGUUUGUUCGAACGAUGGUAGACUCUGGAUAAAUUAGAGUAUUUAAUUAAUAGGGUUAAUACUUAUCUAAAGUUUAUGUGAAAGUGUAUUCUAAGAACAAAGGUGAUUCAGAGACUUUCCACAAAGACGGAUAUACUGAUAUAAGAGGAAGAUUUGAUUAUGCUUCACUAAGUUCAUCAAAUGUGAAAGACAUUGCUUAAUUUUCAAUGUUGAUUUAUCAUGAAGAUUUAGGAUCUAUUAUAUAGUAAGUCUCUCCUCCACCAACAUUAGCAUAAUAUGAAAAAGAAAUACGGUUGAUAGGGAACAAAUGGAGAGAAUAAGAAACCUAAGAAAUGUUAUAAUAGCAAUAAAUAUACAAUUAGAAAUUUACUAAACCAUGUAAAGUUGAGUAAAAAAACAUAGAUAAUAUAGAUUGAGCAAAUAAUAGAAAUUACAAUAUAUUAAUUAAAUAACCUUAAGAAUUUUGGUUUUAAAU